CGGAACCAAAAGGCUUCCUCUGCUCUACCCUCCGCAGAGGCAGAACGACUUCCGGAAAGUCCGCGGCCUUCAGGGUUCCCAGCGCCAAGAUGCCGGCACCCACCAAUGCGCCGCGCCAUCCGGAACUCGCUCCCGGAAAAGAACACGUAGCGCGGGAUGACGUCACGGGUCACAAAGGGCUCGGUUGCUUCCAAGAGCCAUGAUGAGCGCUGUAGGGAAAAACGGAGCUCGAUGUGCUUUGUGUUAUUAACAGACAUAUAAACUCCCCCAAAGUCCACACGUUCCCGAAGGAGAACAGUAUGGUACAAAACUCCUUUCAAGCUAGCGCUCCGGAGGCUCCACGGGACUGUGGGCGCGCAGCGGGACGGAGGGCUAGCGUGAACCACCGCGGCCUCCGUAACCGAGGCUGCAGGGGGCGGAGCCUGCGGGGCUGGUCUCCGGCCAGGGGGCGGGCCGGGAGAGUCGGUCCUCCACGGUCCCAGCCCACCCCGCGCCCGCGCUUCGCCUCCCCUCCCCCCCCCCCCCCCCGCGGCACGCUGCGUGGCUGCUCGUUGGCUCCUUAGGACGGAAGCUCGGUUGGUGUUUCUCCAGAAGUUUCCCCCUUGGGCGGCGGCGGACUGGUAACCUCGGUAGGAGCGGCUCCAGCAGCGGUAACAGUGACCAGUAGGGAUGGCGGCGGCUGCAGCGGGACCUGCAACGGCCCAAAGGUUUUUCCGGAGCUUCUCAGAUGCUCUGAUCGAAGAGGACCCCCAGGCGGCGUUAGAGGAGCUGUCUAAGGCUUUGGAGCAGAAACCAGAUGAUGCACAGUAUUACUGUCAGAGAGCUUAUUGUCACAUUCUUCUUGGGAAUUACCAUGAUGCUGUUGCUGAUGCAAAGAAAUCUCUUGAACUUAAUCCAAAUGGUUCCACUGCGAUGCUGAGAAAGGGGAUAUGCGAAUACCAUGAAAAAAACUAUGCUGCUGCUCUAGAAACUUUUACAGAAGGACAGAAACUAGAUAGUGCAGAUACUGAUUUCAUUGUCUGGAUUAAAAGGUGUGAAGAAGCUCAGAAUGGAUCACAGUCUGAGGUGUCUGCAUCCCAGAGGACUCAUCAGUCAAAAAUCAAGUAUGACUGGUAUCAAACAGAAUCUCAAGUAAUCAUUACACUUAUGAUCAAGAAUGUUCAGAAGAAUGAUGUAAAUGUGGAAUUUUCAGAAAAAGAGUUGUCUGCUUUGGUGAAACUUCCUUCUGGAGAUGAUUACAAUUUGAAGCUGAGACUUCUUCAUCCCAUAAUACCAGAACAGAGCACAUUUAAAGUACUUUCAACAAAGAUCGAAAUUAAAAUGAAAAAGCCAGAAGCUGUGAGAUGGGAAAAGCUGGAGGGACAAGGAGAUGUGCCUAACCCCAAACAGUUCAUAGCAGAUGUAAAAAACCUAUAUCCAUCAUCAUCUCAUUACACAAGAAAUUGGGAUAAAUUGGUUGGUGAGAUCAAAGAAGAAGAAAAGAAUGAGAAGUUGGAGGGAGAUGCAGCUUUAAACAAAUUAUUUCAGCAGAUCUAUUCAGAUGGUUCUGAUGAAGUGAAACGUGCCAUGAACAAAUCAUUUAUGGAGUCUGGUGGUACAGUUUUGAGUACCAACUGGUCUGAUGUAGGUAAAAGGAAAGUUGAAAUCAAUCCUCCUGAUGAUAUGGAAUGGAAAAAGUACUAAAUAAAUUAAUUUGCUAUCACUGUAUUGCAUAUAUUCACCUAAUGCCCAUUGUGUAUUAAUAUUGCUUUCUUGAAUUUCGAACACUGAAUACAUCUUUUAAAGAUUAUACCUCUUUACCUCUUUGUGCUUUAGAAAUUAUUUUCCUUCAAGUGUUCUAAGAGACUAACGAAGAAUGAAAUCAUUGCUUCUGUCCUUAAGGAUUUCACAUAUGCUGAAAUGGAAUGAAGUAUCAUUUGCUACUAGAUAGAUUAAUUCUACCUAGUUGUGGGAGUGGAAAAAUUGUUAGUGGGCUAUCUUGGGUUAUUGCCUUAUUUUUGAUGCAGUAUUCUGCUAAUAAUUUAUUAGACGUGGCAACUUUGGGUGAGCGUAGAUUUUUUUCAAUUUCAGUGUUACAUUGUUUGCUUUUAAAAACUGCUUUUGAAUGGAGUUGUAAAUACAAUUUUUCUAUGAAGAAGUUUGGUUUAUUUACCUUUUUCUUAAGUUUUUAAUGAAAACUUGGAAAAAUUAUUUAUCACAGGGAAUUCCCAUUUGAUUACUUUUAUGGGAAAUAUUUGUAAUUGCACUGAGAAUUUUGGCCUUUACCUUUCAAAUUCUGUAUAAGACACUGACAGCUGAGUUUAUCAUGCUGCAAGUUUAGCUAUAUUGAAGGCUAAUCUGUGAAGCUGAGGCAAACAGUAAUUUAGGAAAGGCCAACUCUUCUUCACUGCUUUUGCCGCGGCAGGAUUCGUGAAAUUACAGCACUGGUGGUUUGGUUUGGUUUUUGCGGUGUUUUUAUUUUUGUUUUCUUUAUUAGAAAAUCUCUCAUCUCACAUCCCCAUGGUUACUUUGGGUAUGGUGGUUUAGGGCAGCUGCUGAGAGAGUAAAUUAAUAUGUAUAUAUUUAGUAUCUAUUCUGUUUCUAGAAUAAAUAGAUACCGUGGGAAUACAAAAACUAAAAGACAUCAUUAACUUCAAAGAGUUUAUAAUCUUGCAGAGAGAGGAAAUUAACAUUCAUGAAGGAAUUACGGAAUGGUUGAAUGAUGAACUUAAUUACACAGUUUUGAGGUAUAAAAGAAGUGUUACAUGAUUGAAAUUCUUGGCAGCCUAAGCUGUUACAAAGCAAAGACCAUGGGUGACCUGUAGGUCUGAUUUGUUUUUCAUCAUAGUUUCUGAACCGUGAUGCCCUGGAGGUUGGUGUCUCUUGGGUCUCACUAACAUUUUGUGGCAAGGCAGUACUCGCUACCCACAGCUGAGGAUUGGGUAAAAUGGUAGGCAGAUCAGCCAGCAUUUCUACCUCCAAAAAGAAUGGGAAUUCAGCCCCUUCCUUCUGGUCAUGACCUGAAGCGUAAGGGAGUUCAUAAGGAAAGUGGUGGGGUGCUUCCAGACCAUGCCCCAAACCUGCUGGUACAGCUUUGUUUAUGCAUGUGGGGGGUUUUCACUUGUCCUUCUGCCCACUUAGAGCUACAGGCUACUGUUUUGGGUUCUUGAACACGGAAGGGAAAGGCAAAAUUAAGGUCUUGCCUGUAUGAAUUUAUGAAGUUGUCUCCUAAGGAAACAAGAUCGUGAUUCCGCAUGUUAAAUUAUCAUUUGUUCUCAGGGGUGGGGAGGCUCCUGCUACCGAGGCGAUGAGUCGGGGGCCUGUAGUGCCACCUCGGAGACAAGACUCUGCCUCUAGCAGGUCUCUGCCACCCACUAGCUCUCAAAUCUUCUACAGGUUUAUAACCUUCCUCUUGUCUUAGUUCCUUUAUCCCUAAAUAGUCUGUAGGGUCUUAAAGUUUAAAAGUUCAUGAUUCUAAGUAAGGAAACAUUUUUGCCACUUAAAAGCAACUUUUUUCUUUCUUUAGAUUGAUACUAUUAGAGAAUUCCCUGGUGGCCUAAUGGUUAAGGAUUUGGUCUUGUCACUAUUGUGGUGAGGGUUUGAUCCCUGGCCCAGGAAUUUGCUGUGCUUGCAGCUAUUGUUUUUUUUUUUUUUUUUUUUUUUAAAGAUAAUACUAUUAUAAAAGAAGUUGGUCUUUUUUUUUUUUUUUUUAGGUUCUAGUACUAGUUUUGCUUGUCUUUUAAAGGAUACAUUUUUCUAAAGAGUGUUUAUCUGUUGGUUAGAUUUCCUGGAAGUUGCGGGAUUCAGGAUUUUGCUCAGUCAGAUGGAAUUCCUAAUAUAUGUGACUGUGGUAUGUACAGUGUUACUUAGUCUAAAUACAAUAGAUUUAUGGGUGAAGAAGGGAAUUUUGAGAAGUAGGUUAGAUUGCUUGCCCUAAAAUACUGCUUCUCUUUUUCUUUUACCAUUCUGGACAAGGAAAAUUUGUAAGCCUCCAGAAAUGGAAAAAACGCCAUUUUUAGCCUCUUAACUUUUAUCCUUAUUUUCUGCUAUCUCAGCUGAGCUAUUAAUUGGUCUCAUUUUCCAGACUCCAUUUUCAGUUCUCAAAUUUUGGUUCUUCUGGUGCUCUAGCUGCUCUUAUUUCUUCAGAAGGUACUUUUUUCCUCAGUAAUCAUUUUGCUUUUUGAGGGUUAGUCUGGGAAUACGUUUUUUCCCUUAAUCUUAAGUUCUUCAUCUGUUCUCCCGAUUUCUAUAAUUAUUUGCACCUUGAUGAAUUCUGGGAAUCUUGAAUGGGAUAAUCUGCUUCUUUGAAUUCUGCUUUGAAGUAAUCUCUUUAGAUCGCUGUACCACAGGUUUGAAACACCCGGGUCAGUAUUGGUAAUUUUCUGGUAUGUGUCCUCACCUGUUGAGAGUUGCUUACACACUAGCAAGUUCAGUCUUCAACAUGGGCAGUUAUUGGUCACUUAAAAAAAAAGUCUGUUUUCUCUGUCUUUCUGUGGAGUAGAGAAAAAGGAUAGGUUGCACUGGUAAGUACGGUUCUCCCCCCAGCAUUUUCAUUUUUUUGAUCUGUGGUGUUCACUGACUGCAGAACAUCGAAUCGUUGCUGUUGUCUCUCUGAGCCUGGAAAAAAACUUACUUUAUCUUAGCAGGCUAACUAUAUAGGACAAGGGAGAAAAUAAUUGACCUGUCCUAGAUACAUUUUUUAGAUAAAUUUCAAAUAAACAUUUAAAGUGAGGGUAUGUCACUAUGCUAUUAUGAACAGUCUAGAUAGAAAUUUUAAUAGUUUAGUCCUGAAAUGUAUUUUGGCUGUCCUUUCCCAUUUUACCUUCCUUUUCUUCUUCCCUAAUUAUCUACAUAUGAGAUUAGGUCAUUGAUCUGAGAGACACAUCGCAGGCCGAGAGCAGUAUUGCCUAUUAAUUGACCGUCUGAUCUGCCUGGUGCACUUGAAUUUUAUUGGGAUCGUCCUUGUCCAGGUUCGCGUGCAUCUCUCUGACUUGUAGCUAUUACUGACAUUUCCAAAAAUAGGUAGAACAUUUCUGGGUGUUGUGACUGUAAAGAAAUUUACCUUUAUACUCUUACUCGCUGUUUUAGCCCCAUAGGAAUAUAUCAGUUCUUUCUGCCUCGGAGGAACCAAGGAAGAAAUACUAAAAGCUGAAGGACAAAAUAAUGGUUUUUGUUCCAGCAAGGGUUAUGUGUAGUUUUAAAUGAGAGGGAUCAUCAGCAUUGGUCUGGUUUCUUUUGUCUCCCAGCUGUGCCUUUUCUAUUGUAAGAUCAUUUUACACACACCCGAGAGAUUUUAUUUUGGAGCAGUUUGAGAAGUUGUGGGUAAAUUGGAGGUAUUGAUGUACUCAAAAGUGUUACUCUUUGGGGCCACCCUCGUAAUUGCUUCUGAAAUUAAUUUAACUCUUAGUCUUUCUUCCUCCCUCAGUAUCUUACCCCCUCCCCCACAACCCCAAAUCAGCCAAAAUCAUACACAUGGCUAACCUAUGCAGGCAGUAGCAGUAGUACUAGUACUUUUUGUGGGCCAGGUGUCACAGAGUGCUUUAUAUGUGCUAUCUCAUUUCUAACAGCCUGUGAAGUGCUAGUAGCUACUCUUUUCAGAUCAGAAGAAUGAGGCCCAAGUGAAGUUCUUUGCCCUGUUUACUCACUGAUAAGUGAUGGAGCUGGGACUUGAACUGAGGCCUGUCCCACUUUAGUUCCCCUGCUUUUAACAAUUGUGAAUGAAUUGGGUGGACAAUGAAUGAUUUUUAUUAAUAAAUUAGUUGACAGGCAGAGAAUGUGCAAGUUGAAUUUUUCAGUGCCUGUACAUGAGCUGGGCAGUAGAUUUCUUAAAGAUAAGAGUAGUAUCAGUUUCUUAAGUAGAAAAGGUUAUUAGCAAUCCAAAUCUAUUGCCUCUUAUGGAAGGUAAUACAACCAGGUAGUCUUGAUGUGCGUUGAAGAUUUUGUUUUUCUCAAAUCCAGAUAAUUAAAGAGAAACAAGAUACACUGAAAAUUGUCAUAGGCGUGAGAAGACUAGCAGGCCCAUCGUGCUGAUUAUUCUUUUUUUGAACUUCCCACCACAUACAGAAGUUCCCAGGCUAAGGGUUGAAUUGAAGCAGCAGCUGCUGGCCUUACAUCACAGCCUUAGCAACGCCUAAUCUGAGCCAGUCUGCAACCAACACUGUAGCUCGCAGCAAUGCUGGAUCCUUAACCUACUGAGCAGGGACAGGGGUCGAACCUGUGACCUCAUGGGUACUAGUCAGAUUCCUUACUGCUGAGCCACAAUGGGACCUCCAAAAUUAUUCUUUAAGUUAGGAACUCUCACACUAGUUUUCAUUAUUCAAAUGUUAAGAUUGUUUCAAGGUUAUUUCCUAUUUAGAUACGUGUAUUGGGAUCAGUGUAUCACUGAUUAAUUCAACAAAAUUAGAAUGAUUUAGGUUAUUUCCUUUAUGCCAGUCAUGUGAGCAUUUUAUAUAUAUUCUGAAUUCUGGAGAGUGUGAAGUCUUGUAAAUAUUGCCUUUGCUGUGCCUCCAAAUUGGAAUUUUUUUUUUCUUCUGUGCCUGCUCCUGCAGUAUGUGGAAGCUCCCAGGCUAGGGAUUGAAUCUGAGCCACAGCUGUGAUCUACACUACCGCAACCGUAGAUCCUUUAACGCACUGCCCCAGGCCGGGGAUUGAACCCGAGUCACUGCAGCAACCCAGACCGCUGCAGUUGGAUUCUUAACGUACUUGUACUAUAGCGGGAACUCCCAAAUUUGAAUUUUUAAUUCUCAUUUUUGCAUUGAGACUUCUCAUACAUAUCUGACUGACUUUCUCUUGAAUGAUUAUAGAAUUCAGUUAUACAAAAAGAUGUUUCAGAAACAGUACUCUUGGCUCAAAAGUAAUUUUUAAUUUAUCAAAAAGGAGUUAGGGAAAUAAUCUUCAAGACCUGUGUAUAAGCUUUUAAAAACCACCCUGUGCAACUACAAAAGCUCUAAUUGGCAGACCGUUACUGUGCGCGUGAUGCACUGUGAAAUGCGUUAAAAGUCAGUGAGUACUGCAUAGUGGUUAAAUGCAUGGGCUCUGAAGACAGCCUGCUUGAGGUCAAAUCGUGAGUGCACCGCUGACUAGCUGUGUGACAGUGGGCAGGUACUUCAUGUCUCUGUGUCUCAGUUUUCCUAUCUUUGAAAUGGGGACAGUAACAUCAACCUCAUGGGCUUUUAUGUGUUGCACGAGUUGAUACCAUUCUACAGUUACUUAAUCCUAAUUCAGAUAGCCCUAAAAACUAAAUUUGUGUGUAUGUGUAUGACUCUGGUUAAAAAAAAAAAAGUCCUGUAUUUACAAUAUGAAUAGUGUUAUAUUUUGCUGCGAAAAUAUUAACAGAAUGCUACCACAAAUCCUUCUGAGAUUGUUACACAGUAGAUAGUAUACCUGUAUUGUGUGCUGAAUUCACAAUCUGAAUUCAGAAACACGUCCAGCCGCAAGUGUAUGUGUACCUGUGUGUGUAAAGUGCACAGAGCGGUGCUUAAUGUUAAAGUCAGAUUAUCUUAUAUGCUUUUAGGCUGAGAGGUUUAAAUCCUAUAGAAAGCCUUUUUGUUCUCAAUUCAGUCCUUCAAGAUUGAGGAUUGUGUCUGAGGAAAUUAUAUCAGCUAGUUAAAAAUUGUUAGUAUAAUUUUAAAAAUUUACAGCGCGACCAUAAGAGUUUGUAGGAAAGCUUUUAUUUCAUUUUUGGCCAGGCCCUUGGCAUGCAGAUGUUCCCAGGCCAGGCAUGGAACCUGUGCCAGAGCAGCAGCCUGAGCCACAGCCAUGACCACACUGGAUCCGUAACCUGCUGAGCCACCAGGGAACUCCUGAAGUUUUUAUUUUGAAUGAGUAGUUAUUUUAAUUUACUUCGGCAGAGCCUCAAUAUGCAAGUAUUGUCAGCAGUACUUUAAAAAGAAUCAUGAAGCGUAGUGGUGCCAGAAGAUACAAACUAUUAUGUAGAAUGUUAAGGGACUUCCCUUAAGAAGUUCUCUGAUAUUCCAUUUUCAUUUAAAUCUCAAGACAGAAUAAAACUAUCAGGGUUUAUAGAAAGUCAUACUACUUAUAAACCACAAGUUCUGUCCUAUUAUUUCCAUCAGUGUAGAGAAGCCAAUAGUUGUGUUUGCAAGACUUAUUUCAUUAGUCUGUUCUCCUCCCCUCACCCUUGAAACAGUCAGUGGGGAAACAAGAAGUAUUGUGGACUCAAGUUCAGGGUUCUCCCCCAGCUACCACUUUUUGUCAGUCAUUGUACUCUAGCCUUGACCUUUUCUGGGACCCAUUUGACUACCAGCUGAACACUUAAGUUAGCUAGCUUAACUCCAUGGUCAGGAAAUAUGCUAAGAGAUUGAAUGCAUUUCCUUGGCACUGCUGCUUACCAUUUUACUAUUUAUUAGUUGCAAAAUGAUCAAUUUCUUUUAUUUCGACUGUACCACAGAGGCAACUGUUUUAUAAUAGCAAAAAGGAUACCAACAGAUGAAUCUGCAAUCUUAAAUUCCAAGUUUUGCUGUGUUAAUAAAUGGUGUUUUUUGAGAGGACAAGUGACUUAACCCUUCUGAACCUUUUUCUCAUCUCUAACACUGGGUGAUAAUAUUGCGUCAGGAUUGUGAAGACAGUUAAAUCCCAUCUCAGAGUGUGUGACCAAUAAAUAUAAAGUCCUUAAUUUUUUUCCUCAGUGCUGUUGAGUAGUGGAAUUCCUGAAAGGAAGGUACCAGUUCUGAUUUUUAGCUGCUAUUCAAGGGCAGUCAUUAUUCAGCCUCAUUCAGGUUUUUGGGGGGGGUGUUUUUUUGGGGUGGUGGUGGUUUUUUUGUUUUUUAACCUCAUCUGUCACUGCUGCACUGUGUACCUAGGCUCCAGGCGCACAAGAGUAGUCUAUUUAAGGGUUUGCAUGUUUUUUUCCAUAAAGGGCAAUGUAGUGAAUAUUUUAGGCUUUGUGCGUCACAUAAAGACUCUAUUGCAUGUUGUUCUUGUCUUGGGUUUGCAGACCUCUGGUCUGUCUGAAUAUCCUAUGUAUAUUUUUUCUUCCAACCCAACUAGAGAGUUUCAGUUUCCUACUGAUGUGUCAAAACUGAGCUCCUCUGCCACCUCCAGGAAAGCUGUUUAAUUUUGUGCUGCUACUCUGGCAGUGGCUGGCUUCAUAGCAGUUGGGUUGGGUUAUUUGCUUAUGGUUGAGACACCCAUUAGAUCCCUUGAUAAGAGUCAAACCAAAACCACAGUGUCUCAUAGGCAUGUUUGAGAGUUUGAUCUGUUCUUUCUUUAGGGAGUCACUACAGCUGACUCAUUUCUUGCAUCAUUUGAGCCUCUUUGGUGAGGGUUUUGGGGGCUGCCUUCCAACUUUCUAUCUGCUGGAGCUGCUGUGUAGAGAAUGAGCCCUCAGAAUUUGGCAGGUGGUGUUAAUGCUCCCCAGAAGACUCUCUGUAUUUUCUUCUCUUCAUUGUUUAGGUAUCUCCCAUUAGAAUAGUCUUGUGAAAUCCGCGGGAAUUCACUGCCACCCCAGCUGGGGUCUUGGAGGUCCCUUACGGAUGAUGCAUCAGAGCUGUACUGGUUUAAGGGUUAGUAGCUUGAUAGCUGUUUUACCCUGUGUGUCCUAUUUGAUUAUGUUACUGUUUUUGGAUCUUGGCUGCAGAGCAGGGUGCUUUUUCACGUCGUAUCAGAAGUGUUUGGUAUCAGAAGUGUUAACCUUACACCAAACUACAUAAUUAGUUUUUAAAACUGUAGUUUGUUGCUUAUAUCAUGCCCUUGAAAUUGAUUAUUUAUUCAUCAAUAUAGAUAACAGUGAUUUUUCAAUAGAUUUUUAACCCCUGGUCAGGAGAGCUAAAUCUAAUUUGUUCUUCAGCUAUCUUCAUAACUAGAGGGAAUAGCAGUUAUAUAACUUUAAAACCCGUGUAAUACUCAAGUAUUUUUUGUUUCGCUAUUUUCAGAUUCCUUUUUUUUGCCACAACUGUUUUAAAACUAAAAUAUGUGUGUUUCCUUAAAGAAGGGACUGAACUUUAUUUUCUAAUUCAGUUAGUCAUCCUUUGGGAAGGAAUUUUGAGCCCAAGAAACUCGUAGGGGAAAGGAGGCCAGAGUUUUAUAAAGCCAGGAAUGGGUCUGGGCAUGUGAACAGGUCUGAAAACCAAGAGUUGAGUCAGGCAGUGUAUAAGCAUACCAGCAUCCGGAGGUGGAAAUUUGAACUGCUUACUAGUACAUUUUUUUUUCUGGAAAACCUCCAAAGAAAUUCUGAGAUACUGAACCUCUUUGAUCAGGGUUUUAUACUUGAUUUUUUUAACAAUAUUAAUGUCCUUGAGAUUUUUCUGUCAAAGCCAUAUGUGUUUUUCUUCGAAUGGGUUUUCACUGUAGUAUAGGUAAUAGAAUGAUAUAUAGAACAAUAUAAAUAAGUACAAAAUACAUAGUUUAUGAUAUCAUUCAUCAACAUUGAGUGCCAGGGAUGUGCCAGACACUGUUCUGGGCUCUAGGGAGACACUGGUGAACAGAUCCUUGCAUUUGUGGAGCCUAACUUAUGGGGGAAAUAGCAGAGUACAUGUGAAGUGAUGUCAAGUGCUGAGAAAGAAAACUAAAUGUGCAAAGAGGACAACAGGUGGUUGGAAUUUGAGAUCCGAGAUCAAUUGAGAAUUCAGUGAGCAGGUGAUGCUCGAAUACAGACUUGAGGGCGGCGGAGGGAGCUGUGAAGAUGCUUGAGAAGGAGCACUGCCGGCGGAAGGAACAGCAGAUGUAGAGUCCUGCUGUGUUUGAGGGAUGCUGGGGAAGCUACGGGGCUGGGGCAGAGUGAGUGAGGGGAGGUAACGGGGCCUAGAACAGGUAGGGCCUUGCAUAUAACACAGGGGAGAUGAUGGUAGCCGGGCCAGCGCUUUUCCCAGCUUCAUACAAAACCUGUGAUCCUCAGUGCUGUCGAAGUUUGGCCAGUUGUCAUUCUUUUUAAAAAUGCUUUUAAUUUUUAUCAGAUGUACAUAGAAUCGGAUCAGAUUUACUUUAUAAAUCUAACAAUGUUUGCAGUGGAAUUUCCGUUCUGAACACCCGGUGGUAUCGAUGUGAAUGAAUUUGCGUGAUGGCAUAUGACUUACUGGGUAUAUGAGAAGCCCUCACUUUCAGUAUUUUUUUGAAAUACUUUAUUUCUGUUCUUUUUACAUACUAAACUAUAGGCAACAUCACAUUUUAGCGUAAUCUUUGUUUAGCAGAACUAUUUCCUAUUCUAUUUGUUUAGCAGAACUAUUUCCUAUAGCUAUAGCAGACUAGAUAAUGAGAAAAACUGAGUCAAUUAGAAUGACUGGUUGUGCACAGGGAUUUAAGAAUAAGUGUGGGACUGGAUUUCGUGUUUAAUAGAACUGUCUAAAUCAGGUCAGCAGGCAUGUUUUUAUGGGCCAUCUGCCAAGACUAGAAGCAUCUUUGGCACCUAUUACUCCCCUAGACAUGUAUUUGCAUGAGACAUGAAACAAAGUCAGUAUUUUAGAGCUGGAAUAAAUCUUAAGUACUGUCUAGUCUAAGCUUUUGGUUUUACGAAUGCAUUUUUUCGAGAGCAUUCUCACAUGCUUUUUUCCUUCAUAAGAGUUCUUUAACGUAACUCACACGGAUAGUUGGUGAGAGAACUUUUGUACUCAUCUCCUAACAGUUGCCCCAAAUACCAGGCAACUAUAAAAAUUAGAGCAUUGGGAAGAUAUUUUCUAUGAUAAUGUAUAAUACAGUGGUUCUCAAACUUGAGGGUGAAGCCCUCACCUGGGAAGCUUGUUUUUCAGAAUGUAGGUUUUCUCCACCUCCCUCCGGAGUUUCUGAAUUAGUCGGUUUGGGAUCGGGCCCAGUAAAUCUGUGAUUUUGAUGUAUGUGACCUGGGGCGUUGCUCUUAAAACACCCUGAUCUUAAGGCGUAAAGGAGACAGAAUUUAAGUGAGGUUACUAGCACUAAUCAUCUCAGACGUCUUAUUUCCACAAUUUUUAAGAAAGUAAAAAGCUACUUGGGGUCUUGUUCUUUUGAGAAGUUUCCCUCUUCCAUGGCCGUAGAGGCAGAGGAGAGAUGCUCAGUGAUUAUUUUUGUUCCUCUGUCGGCAGGCCCUUAGGGUCAUUGCCAUACCCCGAUCGAAUCCGCACAACGGCAUGGUCCUGCCCAUGAUGAAAGACAGCCUCUCUCAGUCAAAAUGAAGCAAAUUGAAAAUCUCGGAACAAGAUGCUAGUUGAUCACUGCUGAGAGAUUACUGAAAUUGAGCAGAGAACCCUAGAAUACUCUGUUCAUGGAGUAUGGAUGCAGUAGCCUGGUGCUGACUUAUGAUGAGGCACCCUUCCUUCUCAAGCAACUGGAAUGUUGUCGGGUGUUGCCUGAUUACACAUAGGCACUGACUGAAUAUUACAAAUUAUGGUGCUGGUGGAUUAGGUCGAGAGAAUGUGUGUGAGGAAGAUGUUUAUGGAGGGGAAAUCUUUCCCACUUCAUAAUUGUGUAGUUCCCUAGUAACUAAUAGGCAGGAACAUGGCUUUAAUUAGAAGGAAACCACUUGGCCGUCAAAAGCAUUAUGUCCUGCUAAGAGGAAGUUGAUGCCUGCUAAGUUUAUUCCAGGUCUUUGACUAUGUCAGUAUAAAGUAAGCUCACUAUAAAAAAAAAUGGCUAAAAGUCUAGAUUAAAGGAGUGUAGGCAGUUGAAAGGAAAAUUUUUAGUAAUUAAAUAAUUCACACCUUGGAGGGCUGAAGGACGGGAGGCUGCAGAAAUCAUGUUGAGUUUUUUUUAAAGUUACUUUAAGUAAAUUUGUAAAUAUAGUGCUAGUUUCAAGAAAAAGUACAUAGAGGUUAUUUCUUCUAAGCUAUCUCAUUUGUUGCUAUUAAAAUUUUUGUAGCCAUAUUACAGAUGAGAAAAAGCAGGUUGAUUCGAUUAUAGGAAUUCGAUAUGAAGCGAAUUUUUGUAAAGCAGCAGACACAAAUAGAAGAGGAAUAUGACAAUAAACUCACAGAGGAACUUAGUGGUAUAUACCUCUUAAAACAAAUAGUUCUUAAUAAUUUGGUGUUUUAACUUAGGGACUUAUAUUUAUAGCUUGUGAGUAUGCUGUUUACACCUAUCACUGAUUUUUUAUCACUCCAUGGUGAUAACUUAUAAAUGUAAUAACACUGACUCCUGUAUAUGUGAUUUUAAAACUAUUUAAGACUUGGUAAAGGUUCAGUAAACCAAACACCUUAGAAAAUAGCACCAGCUGUUUGCUAGGUUAGGUCAUACAUGUGUAAAUGUGUGUGUGUAUAUGUGUGUGUGUGUAUACAUACAUACAUACACAUGUAUAUACACUUACCUUUACACAGUAAGAACCUAAAAAUUGUAUGUAAAUUGAUUGCUUUUGAAUAUAAGCAGUUUAAAUAAAGCCUGUGGUGAGUCCUUUUAUUGUUGUCAGUCAGUCAACACUAACUGUUUUGUAAAUUUGAUUCUAAUAUAUUGGGCUUUUUCAAGGUGAAACCUGUAUAUGCAUAUGAAAUAUGAGCAUGCAUAUAUGUACAAAAGCCCUUUUUAAAGAAGUUCAGCUUUCUUUCAUAGAUACCAAAACUCACUCUGCCUGUAAAAUGUUUUCGCUCAAGUUUGCAUUGACUCCCAGAUUUACACCUUUCUGUUCACAUGCGCUACUAGGAAUAUCUAUGCAUGUUGAUUCUUGUCAGUGCGCUCUCUUUCCCCCUCAAUAAAUUAGUUCACUUUAAAAAUUGUGACCAUUUCUAUACAAUGAAUGUUCAUAAAACAAGCUAGCAUAUUCAGCUUAUACAGAAAUAAAAAUUAAAUACCCCACUUAAGACAAGGAAUUUCUAUUUUGUAAACAUGUAGCUUGUAUUUCGGAGUAUAAUAAAAUCUGGUGUAAGAAC